ACUCAAAGAACAAGAAAAUUGUGCUUUUCUGCAUAAAUCCCCGAAGUGCCAAAUUGCCUUGCCUUUCCAACCGCGCCUAAUUUUAACACCACAAACUCACAUGAUCCGUCUCUUUCUCUCCUCCUGUAGUGCCUCUAGUGGGCACCCACACCCAAAGCCGAAUUUAUUUUACCCUCCCAAAAUCCAACCCCAUUGAGAGAUCUAUCAAUGCACCAAUUGGGUUUCUGACACACUUAAUCUCUUUCAUUUCUUCCUAUUUAAACCCAUUAAUAAAACACUCUGCUCUCUCAUUAUACCUCCACCACCAAAAACUUGCACCUUUACAUGGAAUCCAACACCUCCUCCCAUGCACCAUUUUACUGUCCCUUGCCGGACCAUCCUUCCGGAAGUGGAGUUCCUCGCCGACGACCUUUGAAGGGUUUAGCCGGCAUUCUUGUCUCCGUCAUUUUCUUUCUCUCAUUGGUUGCAGUAAUCAUUAACCAAAGCCGAGAACUAUGGCCAAAGAAGGAGGCUGCGGAGCCUAAUUCGACAUCAGAAAUUCAAAAUGCGGCGGUUUCCAAGGUGGUACCAAGAGGGGUGGCGGAAGGUGUCUCAGCCAAGUCAAAUCCAACUUUCUGGAGUGAAGGUUCCUACAAUUGGACAAAUGCUAUGCUUUCUUGGCAAAGAACGGCAUACCAUUUUCAACCUGAGAGAAAUUGGAUGAAUGGUAGGUAUAACUGACUGGUAUGGGUUUUACUUUUCUUGUUCAAAAACAUCUUUGAUUUUAUUUUAAAUUCGUUUCUGUUAAUAGAAGUUAGAUGUGUUU